UUCAUUGGGACACGUUUUCGCACAUGGGAACAAAUUCCACCCGUCCUGAUCCGAAGUCCGAACACUAAUCCUGUAUCUUCCCGGAAAUCUUAUUCAAUUUCCUCAUGGACUCAGCUAAAACUUGAUCAGAAAACCGACCUAUUGCCGUGUCAAUCUAAUAUUGGUAUUGAUUUUUCAUCAAUAUACAACCAACAUAUACCAGGGAUAAACUUCAAUUCUGUCCAGUUCGCAGAACUAUAUACAUACCGAACAUACGAUCUUUCAAUUUUCGGACAAUGAAGAAAUCGAGCAAUUUUUUGAGAAGUUCCAAAGAUGCGCUCACGAAAAGCUUCAAUCCCGCUAAAUGUAAGACAUCUUUGAAGCUAGCGUCUUCGAGAUUGAAGAUAUUGAGGAACAAGAAAGAAGUGCAAGUCAAGCAGAUGAAGAGGGAACUCGCACAGCUGCUUGAAUCAAGGCAGAAUCAAACGGCUCUAAUUCGCGUUGAGCAUGUGGUUACGGAAGAAAAGAACAUUGCUGCAUAUGAUCUGAUAGAGAUAUACUGUGAGCUUAUCGUGGCACGCCUGCAAAUCAUUGAAUCACAAAAAAACUGCCCCAUGGAUUUGAAGGAAGCCAUUACAAGCGUAGUUUUCGCAUCACCAAGAUGUGGAGAUGUGCAAGAACUUAUAGAUAUUCGGAAGCAUUUUACUGCAAAAUAUGGGAAAGAAUUCAUCAAUGCAGCAAUUGAGUUGCGUCCUAAUUCUGGCGUCAGCCGCCUUCUAGUGGAGAAGCUAUCAGCAAAGGUGCUCGAUGGACAAACCAAGCUAAAAAUAUUGGCAGCUAUUGCAGAGGAGCAAGGUGUUAAAUUCGAUCCUGAAUCAUUUGGAGAGUCAGACUUACCUCCCAAUGACUUGCUGAAUGGACCAAGCAGUUUUGAGAAAGCCAGUAAGAUGUAUGAAGAGCACCCUCAUUUUUCUGGGGACGCCAGUACUAACCCUAUUCAUAAUCAGGGGUAUUAUACGUCUCCAAAUGUCUCCGAAAUGAAUUCAGGAUCUUCAAUGGGAAUUUAUAAUUCUGCUUCUCCACAAGGUAGUACUAGUGGCAAAGUGUAUUCUUCUUCCUCUCAACUCAGAGAGACACAUUCAGGUACUUUUAUUAAGAUUUGUGGUGCCAUCUUAAAAGAUCAACUUAAUAGGAAAAAUAGUUUUAACUCAAUUUCUUCUAAAUUGAUUAGAAUUUUUAACCAAUUUUGAAACCCUUAUACUUUUUUUAGUCGUUCUUUUUUCAUUUGAGCUUAAUUAGAUAUGAUAUCAGAUUAAGAAUUAAAGUUUCAUCCUAAGAGUUCAAUCUUGGAUUCUCGUGGAUCUUGUACUACUCAUUCGUCGCACUGCAGGUCAUAGGUCAGAAGCCAGGAACUCCCUUUCUGAGAAUGAAACAUUUAAUUUGGAUAGGCAGAAUUGGAACAUGGACUUUAAGGAUGCUGCCUCUGCUGCACAGGCUGCUGCUGAAUCUGCAGAACGUGCAAGUCAGGCUGCUAGAGCAGCUGCUAGACUUUCAAGAGAUAAAGAAAUGGGAAAUAGAUAUGCUUCGAAUAAUAUUAGCGAACACAUUGCUAGUCAAAGUUCUAUGCUACAAGAUCAGGAUAGUGAACAGAUACGAAAUGCAUUUGUUUCUUCAAGGUCAAGAGUUGUAAUAACUGAUGACAACAUAGUGCAUAGUCUUCAUGAAAAAGAUAUAUGGGGGGAGAAAAGAGUCAAGGAAGUGGCCAGCCAAUCUCGUGAUUCAGAACCUGAAGAUGAGAACUUCAACUGCUUCGCGGAUGAAAAAACUACAGAAGAGCGCCAAAAUGUUCCUUACUCUUUGCAUCCAACCACUUUUACCCACAUUGAUCACAUUCAAAACUCGGGUGACCAAAACUUUAUAUAUGAAGCCAGUGAGAAUCUUUGUAUUAGUGAUGAAGAAGGGAAUCCUCGGGAAGUAAAUGUGCAGAUGCAGUCUCAUGGUGCAUCCUCUGCAAUUUCUGAUGAACCAAAUUCAGACCAUUAUGAUAAUAGUGAAGAUACUAUUUUUGGUACAGGUCCUGUGUAUGAUGAUGAUGAUGAUGAUGACCACCAGUCCACCUUUGACCAUUCAUCACCACCUGAAGUAAAAUUACCAACAUAUUCCUCUGCCAUUUCUGAUUCUUGGAGUCCUAGUAUGAACAUGAAUGACUCUCCUGAGAAGAAGACUCCAACACAACAAUUUUUCAUGGAAAUACAUUCACCUUCCAAGUCCCCUCGAAAUUUAAGAGCCACAGAGAACUCAGAGGCAGACUUUUUUGUUCCAACAACGUUUGAUGAUUCAGAUGGUGAGAGUUCUGAAAGAGAUGAUAUAGAAAGAUCUUCCAUGGGAGAAGUUAUUCGAAUGGAUAGGACACAACUGUUGCAUUAUACUUCGUCUAAUGAAUCAAUGAUCAGUGGUACUAAAGAUGAUGGGAACAUAACUCGAUCUGGUACCAAUUAUGGUCAGGAAUUGAACUAUGGAAAGUUAACAGGUGGCUUUAGGCAUAAGCAUAUGAUCCCUCCUCCAUUCAUGAGAGCUGGUCAGAACAGUGUCCCUUCGAUCCACAAAUCCAAAGAGGUCCCUCUUUGGGAGCCAGAAUCUAUUCCUUCUCAUAAUAUUGAGAACUCUUCUAGUUUGGAGAAAAGUAAGCUUAAUUCCUCCCAUUCGGAUAAGGACUCUGACAGUUCUGAUGAAGAAUUUUCUCAGGAGAUCUUAAGCUACAAAGAUGAGUCAGAUACACACAAUAAGUCUAGCUUAAGAGGCUCAAAGGCUGCUCUUUUUUAUUCAGACAGUAGCGAUUCUGAAGUGCCCUCUCCUCGAAAAUCAUCGCUCACCGGUAGAAACCAACUGGGAAUUCAAUUUUCUCGAAGGACGAAGCUCUCAUCUGUUAGUUCAGAAACGAAAAAUCUGUCUAGCUCUCAAGUUAAGCCAGAAAGACCGACUGAUUAUAAGUCGGGUUUUGUAGGUGAACCCGCUAUUCAUUCCGGCCAUGAAACCGGGGAGGCAUCAGGUUCGAGUGAUAAUUCAUUAGCUGGGAAGAACUCAAAGUAUGUUAGUCAUGUUCAUCCAAAGCUUCCCGACUAUGACUCUCUCGCCGCCCGGCUACAUACUCUUAGGAUGAACCAACUGUGAGGGGAAUGUCCUUUUCUGAUAUUUAACUUCCCUUAUUAUUUGCCAGGCUUUCUUGAAUAUAUGUGCAGAUCAGAUAUUCAGAUAUACAGGAUUGUUCUCUGAGUCGUCCUCUGAGUGUAUCAGAUAUUCCUGUGUAUCAUUGAGGUGUAUAUACCUACAGCCAAAGCUCAAACCUGGUUUUAUAUAAGCGGGGCGAGCUGAGUCUACACUUCAAAGUAAUACGUAGUAUUGUUUUUGGCGUAAAUAUAUUUUUCGUCUGUAAUCAUUUUUCUAUUUUUGUUUUAGCUCAUUGUAAACUUAUUUUAUGGUUUUUUUAAUCAUUUUUAGUAACCCCUUCGACUCUGUCAAGCUCCAUUUACUUAUAAAGAACGUGGGUUGCAGAACUUUUGUUCACUUUUCUACCUCUUGACAUUUACUAAUUUCAUGAAAGUUCCUUCCCGAU